GCGGCCGCGUUUAUAUGGGAGUAGCGCGGGGCGCCGCUGAGUUGUUCCAGUUCGCCCGCUGCUGUGCAGCCGCCGUCGCCGCCUCGGCCCGGCACCCGCCGUCCCGCCGGGAAGGAGUCGGGACCGUUUCGGAUCUCAAGCAGACGGCCCUCUCCUAUCUAGUCGUGGCUUUUCCAAACCCUCCGAGGAGAGCGGGAUCUUUCGGUCCUUCCUGUAUAUCCGACCAUUACAGGAUCUAGAAAUGUCGACGACACUUUUAUCUGCCUUCUACGACAUUGACUUCUUGUGCAAGACAGAGAAGUCCCUGACCAACCUCAGCAGCAUGCUGGACAAGAAAGCCGUGGGGACCCCGGUGACCCCUCCCAGCUCCAGCUUCGCGCCGGGCUUCCUGCGGCGGCACUCGACCAGCAACCUGACGGCGCUGGCCGGCGGCUCUAAGUUCCCCAGCCCCACCGGCUCCAGCUCUUCUUCCACAUCCUCCUCCUCGUCGUCGUCCUCCUCCUCCUCGUUCGGCAAUCUGAAGGAGACGGGUUCCGGCGGAGGCGGCGGCAGCAGCAGCCCCACGGCCCUGCUCAACAAGGAGAACAAGUUCCGGGACCGCUCCUUCAGCGAGAACGGCGAGCGCAGCCAGCACCUCAUGCAGCAGCUUCAGCAGCAGCAGCAGGCGGCCGGCAAGGGGAGCGGCUCCGGCGGCGGCGGCGGGGCCCCCAUCAACUCGACGCGCUACAAGACGGAGCUGUGCCGCCCCUUCGAGGAGAGCGGCGCCUGCAAGUACGGCGAGAAGUGCCAGUUCGCCCACGGCUUCCACGAGCUGCGCAGCCUCACCCGCCACCCCAAGUACAAGACCGAGCUCUGCCGCACCUUCCACACCAUCGGCUUCUGCCCCUACGGCCCGCGCUGCCACUUCAUCCACAACGCCGACGAGCGCCGCCCGGCGCCCGGCGGGGGCACGGCCGCCCCCCCGCCCGCCGCCGCAGCCGGGCCGCACCACCACCCGCACCACGCGGCCCCGCACCCCGCCGGCAGCACCGGCGACCUCCGCGCCUUCGCCCCCCGCGACCACCCGCUGGGCGGCGGCGGCGGCUUCGGGCACCCGCGCGGCGGCGGCGGCGAGCGGCCCAAGCUGCACCACAGCCUGAGCUUCUCCGGCUUCUCCGCCCACCACCACCACCAUCACCCCCCGCACCCCCACGGCACCGCCCCGCCGCCGCCGCCGCCCGGUGGCCGCCUGGACGCCGCCCUGCUGGAGAGCCCCGGCGGGUCGCGCACGCCGCCGCCGCCCGCCUCCGCCUCCUACUGCGAGGAGCUGCUCUCGCCGCCCUGCGCCAACAACGCGUUCGCCUUCUCGGGGCAGGAGCUGGGCAGCCUCAUCGCCCCCCUCGCCCUCCACACCCAGAACUUCGCCGCUGCCGCCGCCGCGGCCGCGGCCGCCGCCGCCUAUUACCGCUGCCAGCAGCAGCCGCCGCCGCCCGGCGGGGCCUGCCCGCCGCCCCCCGCCUCGCCGCCCUUCAGCUUCCAGCCCCUCCGCCGCCUCUCCGAGUCGCCCGUCUUCGACGCGCCGCCCAGCCCGCCGGACUCGCUCUCCGACCGGGAGAGUUACCUGAGCGGCUCCCUCAGCUCCGGCUCCCUCAGCGGCUCCGAGUCGCCCAGCCUGGACUCGGGCCGCCGCCUGCCCAUCUUCAGCCGCCUCUCCAUCUCCGACGACUGAGGGAGCGCGGGGCAGCGGCCGGGGGGGCCCCGCGGCGGCCCUGCAAGUAAGUUACCGAGCGAAGAAAGCGAAACCUCUCCUUCCUCUCUAUUUUUGGUUGGGUUUUUUUUAUAUAUAUAUAUCUAUCUAUCUAUCCACCGAGAGCUGAACAAAACGAGAAACAAAGCAUUUUGCAAAAGGGCAAAUGACACGAACUGAACAAACCUAUUUUUAUAGAGAGACCUUGGAAGAAGGGGAUUUUUGUUUCGGGGUUUUUUUUUGUUGUUGUUGUCGUUCUUUGGAGACAAGUUAUGAUACGCACCAGCAGCAGCCAUUCCAUCUGUGUUCGAAAAAAAAAAACAAAACAGCAUUAGAAAAGACAGCACCAGAAAGCAACAAACAAUCCGGGGAGCGCCGGUUCGCCAGCCCAGCUCCUCCAAUCCUGCAGACACACAGAAAAAAAGUUACAAACUAGUUUGUCUUUCAAUCCAGUUCAAAUAAAAACACAGAACAUACUAAACCUAUAAGCUUUUUUUUAGGAAAAAAAAAAAAAAGAAAAAUCCAACAUCCUGCCAAGAAUAUGCCUUGAUAACAACCUUCUUUUUUAUAUAUAUCUAUAUAUUAUUAUUAUAACAAAUGCUAAAACCUUCAUUCCAAAGUUUAAUAUUGGUUCCAUUGCCACCACUUAGUGGAUGUUUGGCUUUUAGAACAAUUUUUUGUUGUUGCUUUAUUUGGAAGCACUCAACUGAGUUUAGUUUGUAAUUGUUGGAGAAUAACUGCUGAUUUUUUAAAUUUUUUUUUAGCUGUUUGAGUUGAUUGCAUGUAUGAGUCACUGCACACAACUCAAUAUGAAACUAUUUAACUUAUUUAUUAUCUUGUGAAAAGUAUACAUUGGUAAUUUGUUCAUACUGUAUUUAUCGGGUAUGAUGAAAAGCAAUAGAUAUAUAUUCUUUUAUUAUGUUUAAAUUAUGAUUUUCAUUAUUAAUCGGCAAAAUGUGGAGUGUGUUCUUUUCACAGUAAUAUAUGCCUUUUUGUAACUUCACUUGGUUAUUUUAUUGUAAAUGAGUAAAAUUCUUAAUUUAAGAGAUGGUAUGUAAUAUUUAUUUCAUUAAUUUCUUUCUUUGUUUACGUAAAUCUGAAAGAUUGCAUGGUUUCUUUAUAGAAAUCGGUCUCGAUGCUGUGGAAGUAGUUUGCGGAAUUUCUAUGGGUUUUUUUUUAGAAUGUAAAUGGUUGUAGCCCGUCCGAGUUGAAAAACGAGAGAAAAAAAAAAAGAAAAAAAAAGACUGACUUAGCAAUCAGACUUCAAAGUGGCAAAUCUAAUUCAGACUUGUUAAAAAUAACCAAAAAGUAUUUUUGUUGCCUAACUCCACGAAUCACACUGUGAUAUAGUCUCAAAGUAUGUAGCAAUAAUUGGGGGUCCCAGUAUUAUGUCUCACAGUGCCUUCUUGAGGGUCCAUGCUUGCCUUAAAUAUCUCUCAACCAAAUAAGUAUUUUUCCUAAUGCUUGAGAUAAUUUGAAUGUAGGGAUGGGUUUUAAAUACAGCAAAAUUUCGCCACUCUAUUUUAUAAGAACAGAGGCCAUCUUUGGAUCUGAAACUUUCUAUAAUACAGGAACAUAUCUUGUUUAUUGAAUUCCAAAACCUGUAUUUUUUUUUCCCUAUUGUAGAAAGUUGGGAGUUUUCCAAAAGUUUCCUGGACGGUGGAUGAAUGAGCAGUAGCUUAGUUUUGUUUGUACAUAGGUACAGAUUGAGCACUAUGUACUCUUUUGGACUACUUUAACAGAAGUAUGUUUUGAAUGUAACUAAAGGAUAAGUCAACUUGAGUUGUAAUAUAUUUUUCGGGAGUCAGUUCACUACAGAUUAUGUGAGACUGUAAACUUUGUACUGUAAAUGUUUUGUAGUUCUCCCAAUAAAAUUUUUUGGAAAAAAAAAACAAAACAAAACAAAAAACAACACCAGUAACCCUUCCAAGUGCCGAAGCCCUGGCUGCCAGGCAGGAGUAUUUCAUGCUAAACACCACCCCCCCCAAUCACAGAUAUGUCUAGCUACAGAUUAACCAGUUUGCACUGCCACUCCAGGCUGCUCCUGCAGCCCUCGCUGGUCGGUGGCCAAAGUUAAUAAACGCUUCCAGAAGGUUCGGGAAUGUCAGCGGUGUACUGUAUCCUGCUUUUCUUUUUCUUCUUUUUUAAUUUUUUUUUUUUUUUAAGAGGCUGGAGAAUCAAACCUCUGCUGCUUCUAGUGCAACAGCUGGAGUGGAAAAAUCUAGUAGUGGCAUUUAUCAAUCACAUCGCUUAUGGGGCUAUGUGAAUGUGCCAUUAGCCUUCUUGCCUUGUUUGGGGUAAGGAGGAAGUGGCAGUUUGGGUAAUAAAAAGGCAUAAUUAAGGUUUACCCUUUGUCCCAAAAGCUUUGUUCUUCUUCACUUACAGGAAUGCGGACUUCUGCCUCAAUGCUCCCAUCACCCAGCUGAGGGCAUAUCUGUGUUAAUCGGGCUAGCAUUAAAUGUGCUAAUCAGUUUUCAGGGCUUGGGUUUUAAACAAAUUACCUUUUCGAGGCUGUAUUUAUAUAACUAAAUACUUGGCAGCCUGGGGGCUGUAUGAGUAUUAAUACUGGAAGAAUUUUAGUUAGUAUCUCCACACUUUGGCACCCUAUUCCAAUCGGUCCCUUAAAAACUUUUAAGUCACGAUUUCUACAGGCUUAUUUUUGUUCUUUUGUCAUACUAAUAAUAAAUGUUGUUAACAUUAUGGCAUUUCUGCACUGCCUGGGCUGCCACAGCACUUUCUAUAAAUACAAGAUAGAAUGUAAUACUGGUGCCAUAUGUUUGUGUAACAAACCUUGGACUGACACUUAGUUUAAAAUUAAAACAAACGUAAGCAAUGUAUGACAACACAGCCCAGCUACAGCAAUCACCUUUUUUUUUUAAUGGAUCCAGUUUGACAUUCUGGCUCAGAAUUGCUCCCUUUGAUUCCCAGACUAAUUUCUGAUGAAACUUCUUUUUGUCACUGUCUGCACAGUGGCACUGAGCUGUGAUGGGUCCUUCCCCAGGCAGCUCUGGUACAGAUGCUUUGGCUGGAAGGAGCAGGCCCAUGCCAGUGUUUUGGAGGAACAGAGGGUGGCUGUUGGUUUGACCAGUGCCUAAGCUGAUGUCUUAACUCACUUCUGGGAUUUUGAGAUUAAUUUUCACACUAAAACUGCAUUAAUUAGGAAUGCAUGCCUCAUUUAAUUUCAGAUUUUCUUUCUUCUCUAGGUACAGUUUUUGCUUCUCUCACUCACCCACCCAUUCCCCUGAGCCUGCCUUUUUCUUGCUGCAGUAGAUAAGGACCUUAUUUAUUUCUAUAUUUCCCUUAUCUGGGACAGCUGUACUCGCAUCAGUGCAGUACUUCCAUCUUCCCUGUGGUUUUCUGUUGAUUGAAUGGGAUCUUGGUGAGGGUGCUGGGCUUGGCUUUGGUGUCUCCUGGCUGGAAGAGGAGCUCUGGAAGCUUUACAGCAGCUGCCCCACAUGAAUCACAACCGCGCUGGUGUCAGUGCCAGUGUUCAGUGUGUUAAAAAGUUGCUGCCAGGACAGGAUGGGUGAUGGCCCAGCGGUGUCUCCCAGCUGGCUGCUGGCAUGCCAGUGCGUGGGGACAGCUGGGCCUGAGCUGCUCUCUUCCCAAGUGACACUCUGAGGCCUCUGUGCUGCACCCUGCUCUGUUUGUAUCUCCAAAGUGUGCUGCAACCUGGCCCGUUGCAGUGUUAAUGUUCUGCUGUUCAGAAAUCCGGGAGUCCUUGAACUGGGAAGAUAAAGCGUCUGUUUCUUGUGCUGCACAAUCAAGUGUUAACCUUUAAACUGGUGACUUAUGUUGUUGACUUAAGCAAAUGUUCUCUUGCUUUCAUUUCAAAAUUCAGCAAAGCAUGUAAAGCUGGUCAGGCCAUUCAGAACUUUCUGAUACAUUGCAAUAAAUUGAUAAAUACUGUGUAAAAA